GUGAGAUCAUUACCAGACACCAGGCUCCGGGACCUGACAUACACCGAUCAGAGAAGCAGAGCGAGAGAGAGGGAGAGAAAAACUCCCCGAUUCCGAUGCGACCGGCACCGUCCCGUGCCUCCGCGCCUCGGCUCCUCUGACGGCUCAACGCGUCGCUGACAUUUCCCCGCUGGAUCUCUUUUUAGGAGGGUGGGCUUGUAGUCGGAUGCGGGCUUGUUUUGACUGCAGUAAUAGUGCUACUCACCCCCUCCUCCUCCUCUUUCUCCUCCUCCUCCUACCGACCGAGUAGCGGAUUUGCGAAGGGAUCUCGGCGCCGAGUGACCAGCGAUCCUGCAAGACGCACGGGAGAGGGACGCACGGUGCGCGGCUCUCCACCACACCACCACCUCCACUCCGGGACGCAGGAGCCUCCACCGCAUCUCCUUUUUUUUUGCCAGGAAUCGGACAUAAGCGCCAAGUUUCCGAUUGGAUUUUCCUCUCUGCCUCCGACUGUCCCUGGCUUCGCUGCGUUCCAGUGGGACAACCGACCCAACCCCAGUAGCUGAUUGAUAACAGCCAACCCGUCGGACAGACUACUGUUCUCAAUCUUUCUUUUGGCUGGCCGCCACAGCUUCCCCCCAUCCUGACUGGCUCUGGCUGGAGCGUGGAUGGAGCCAAGGGAUCUGGUUGGCUUGGCCCGACCCAAAGAGGUGGAGUUACAGGGUGGCAGGGUGGGGCCAAAUGAAGAGGACCGGGAUGGAGCACGAGGAGCCCAUGGCCUGGUGUGUGGUGAUGAUGUGAUUAACGGUGCCGCCAGUGAAGGGGAGGGGGUUGAGGAACAGGGGGAGGGGCUUCUGGAGGAGCAGGAGUUCUCCAUCAAGGAGGCGAGUUUCCAGGAAGGAAGUCUAAAGCUGAAGAUCCAGACCACCAAGCGCACCAAGAAGCCCCCCAAGAGCCUUGAGAACUACAUUUGCCCGCCGGAGAUCAGGAUGACCAUCAGGCCUCAAACUGGAGAGGGCAAAGCGGGGCGGCAGGGGCGAGGGGGAGCCGGGCGGGGCCAGAAGGACGAAGAGCGAGGUCCCCCCAGAAAAAGGACAUACGAGCGCCAGUUCAGAAUCCCUGACCAGCGAGAGGGAGGCCUGCUGCAACUACUGGGAGAUCACACUCCGCCUAAACACCAGCUUCGCAGCUCCCUCCUUCCUGCACACGCACUCACACACACACAGCAGACACAGCAAGCCCUCACGCAACAAUUCCAGCAUACACACCAACACCAAAUCAGUCGAGACUGGAUCACGUCUACAGCACCUUCUGCGUCCCCAGCAAAUCCUGCAGAUUCUGAGCCAGCCAGAGAGCUGUCAGGAGCCGGUAGGACCACUUUGCCCGAUCCCAACCAACCCUUCUUACGAAUGGCGACACAGAGCCCCUCGCCUCAGAGAUCCCUGACUCCAGACCUGCAGUUGCCAGUGGUUACAGAUGCCAGUAUUCUCAACCUUACGUCUCUCAGCAGGGGGAGGGGUUUGCAAGAGGUCAGCGAACAGCUCUUUGGGAACAUCAAGAGAAAGUACGGGAGGAAAGACUCCCAGAGGACGCUCUGUAACCCCCACAGUGCUGAUUCACCAUGGGGAAGACAGACAGAGAAGGGGUUGGAGAGCCCAUCUCAUUCAGAAGAGAGGCAGAAGUACAGGCAGGAGGAGACAGCUGAGCGGUUCCACGAAGAAAGAGAGGAAAGGAGAAAAGAGGACAGGGAGCGAGCAGUUGCUGGGAGGAAAGGAGAUGAAGAAGACAGAGGGAUGCACAUGCUGACAGAGGAAGGGAAAGGAAGAAAGAGGCGGAGGAGGCCUUCUUUUGACAAGUCAUUUUCUGUAGUGGAGCAGACACAACGGCAAGACACUGACUCUGUAGACAAGCACCAGCCGGGGCCCCCAGAACCCAAAGUAGCACAUAAGAUGGAGACUCACAAAAAUGAUUCUCGUCUCACAAGUCAAGCUGAUGUCAGUGGAGAAAGGGUGGAAAAACCGGAGAGGGCAGAUAAAGGGGAUAAAAGAGAAAAAGGAGAGAGGGCAGAGAGAGGAGAGACAGUUGCAGGCAGACCUGAACCAGAGUCAGCUCUCAGUGCAAACAGAGUGAAAAAGAACCCUGUGGGUCGUCCUAAAAUCAACACAGACAUCCUCAAACACAGAGAAUAUACUCACAAUCUUAUCAACAAACCCAUUCUUAACACAAACCUCAGACUCCCGAGCCCAAAUCCCAACCCGAGCCCCAGGGGUAGCAUCAGUCCUAGCCCCAGCCCUAAAUCCAGACCUAACAUCAGCCCCAGCCCAAGCCCUAGACCCAGGAUGGCCCUGAGUCCUAGCCCUAGGAUGGCUCUGAGUCCUAGCCCCAGGAUGGCCCUGAGUCCUAGCCCCAGCCACAGCACCAGCUCCACAGCCAGUUCCAGACCAACUAAGGCCAAGGACAGAUGGUCCUACCUGAAAGCUAAAAGCCAUGCCAGCCUUGCGUCACCCCAGAGAGACAACUGGGUUAGCCCGUCGACCCUAACAGACCCACCUUCAGCCUUUCCCAUCACCCCCUCUAGCCCCCUUUACACCAACACUGACAGUCUGACCGUCCACACGCCCGUCAAGAGGAAACGAGGGCGCCCCAAGAAGCAGCCACUCCUGACAGUGGAGACCAUCCAUGAGGGCACGUCCACAUCUCCUCCAAGUCCACUUGCACAGGAAACAUCAGCAGGGCUAAAUAGUAGGAAGAGGAUGCACACAAUGAACACAUUAGUGCAAAUGGCAUCUGCGACCACCAGUGCCAACUCUAACAGUCUGAAACUGAAGCGUGGGAGGGGCCAUUGCAGGCCAGUGAAUAAGAUAAAGCUUGGAAAAAUGCAGAGCAUCCUGAAUGAGAUCCUUUUAGGCUCCGGUCAGAAUGGCAGUCUGCCUCUGAAGUCAUCUUCUGCCCCUGUUACCUCAGCAAUGAGCGCCAUGGCAUCCACCAUUGAGGCUCGACUGGGGAAACAGAUAAAUGUCAGCAAGAGAGGAACCAUCUACAUCGGUAAGAAGAGAGGGCGAAAACCUAGAGCAGAAACCCAAGGCUCCAACCCUAACAAAACCACUAGGGACAAGCUUCCACUGUGUGUCUCCACAGCCAGUCUCUAUGAAAGCCCUGUAGUGCCUUCCACCAUGUCUCCCAGCUCCAGUGCUCCAUCCAUAAGAGCCAGCCACCCAGAUACAACCAUGCCCAGUUUGCAGCCCAUCUCAGCCCUGACCUCCAAGCUACCAAGCAGGGGCUUCCUCUCAGGAGGCUGGAAACUCUCUCCACCACGACUUCUGGCAAAUUCACCCUCCCACCUAUCAGAGGUGGCGUCAGUGAAGGAGGUGACCCUGUCUCCCAUCAGUGAGUCCCACAGUGAGGAAACGAUUCCCAGUGACAGUGGGAUUGGGACAGAUAACAACAGCACCUCAGAUCAAACUGAGAAGGGUCCCGCCUCAAGACGCAGGUACUCAUUUGAUCUGUGUGGGUUUGAGGCUGUGGAGGCAGCAGCCCUGGAAGCAUCUAACAGGGGCAGCAGAACACGCUGUGAACGACAAGUUACUGCGGUCGACAACUUCCUGUCACAGCAGGAAAAAAAGCAAAAACAUCAUCGGCGGAAGAGGAAGUGCCUACAGAGCCGGGAUCAUCUUGACUUCCUCUCUGAACUGGAGGAGGUUGUGGCGAAGCUCCAGCAGCUCCGAGUGUCUCACAGACGAUACACCUGCUACCCACAGCAGCCAUAUCCCUCCAUCUUCCGCCUCAACUUCCACCAUUACUACCCAGUAACCUAUGACUCCUACCCCUGCGAUUCCAGCGCAUACCUCCGCAGGAGUGCCGAUCUGAAGGCAAAGAGGAGACGCGGCCGUCCGGCCAAAGCCAGCGAGCCAAUCACAUCGAAGCUGCCUUUUGUUCAAGGAUAUAGUUAUCCGCUGGCAGGGGGAAAUUACUAUGCAGCACCGUACGCGAUGCCUUAUGCACCUCCUCUGAGUCUGGGCUACUUUCCCCCUGCUCCACAAUUUUACCUGCCCCACCAUUCGCUAGGACCUGCACCUCCAUCUCCCUUCAUGAGGCCUGCUGUCCCCCCUCCCAAGGCUUUCCACUCCAGUGGACACGCCAAGCUCCAGGCAGGGGCCAAGCUUCGCAGCACUAGUGGGCCACUCCAAGGGCCCUCUGUAAGGGGAGAGGGCCUUGGCUCCCUGGGCAGUGGCAGUGCAGGUGGUCUUGCAGGGGUUCGUCUCCAUAAGAGGAAACACAAGCACAAACAUAAGCACAAAGAUGAACCCCUCCUUUCACCGCGAGACCGGCAGGAGCUGGGCGGCCUCUUCAGUGGAGCGAAGACCACUGCACGUCUCAGCAUGCUAAGUGACAGGAGGGACUUGUCCAGUCAGGGGUCUGCAAAGCAUCUAGAGAAGCAGAGGGGCAUCAGUAGAGGCUCAAGCCUGGGAUCCAGCUUAGGGAUGUUUGAGUCAGACCAGCUGUCCACACACUCUCUCGCUGACAGCCAGUUACACUCCCGUCAGACUGGACAGCCUAUACACAGCUUCAUGAGCAGCUAUAGAAGCCAAUCGCAGCGAUCAGAGUCCGCCUCUGAUCUCUUUUUGGGGUCACGGGAGGACGAGUGCGGUGGGAGGAGCAGGAAGACGAGGCUCGCUGUGUUUGGAGAUCAGGGCUUAAUGUCAUUCCAAACUGCCAGGCAGGAGCCAGGACAGAUGAACAAGUGUUCCAGUCCCUCCCUCACUGGUGUUCCCAGUAAACGGAGGUAUAAACGCCGUGAGGUGGAACAGAUCCAGAAGGACGUCAGGAGAAUGCAUUCGAUGAACUUUGAGCAUGUGCAGAAGAUCCUCCGUGCCAAGCGCCUACAGCGACAAGCUAAAACAGGAAAUAAUGUCGUCAAGAGACGGCCCGGACGGCCCCGAAAGCAACCCCUAGUGGUAUCGGAGCCGACCGGUAGAAGGGAGGAGGAUCGGGUGGAUGGUCGGAGUAUGGACAUGUUGGCGAGUAGGAGAGGUGAUGGGAGGACCCUGGGGAUGCCUGUCCUGGAGAGGUGUGAUGACCUGCCAGGAAGGCAGAGCCACAGGGCAAACAUGGCCCCUGAGCCUCUGGAGUUCUCCAACCACGAUUCCAUCUCAGCAACGAUUGAGACGGUGGUGCAUCAAGCUCGGUCGCUGGCCCUGCCGGCCAAAGGGACGAAACGCAGAGGCAGGGGCCACAGCAGGGAUGAACUAUGGGAUCCGUCCAGUCGAUAGAACUGCGGGAAAGAGCAGUUAGCGGAGUCUGUGCUGUUUCAAGCCUAUCAGAUGCAGUGUUACCUUGAUUGUGGGACUCCUCUGUGCACUUUGACUUGUUUGUUCUCUCGGACUUGAGGACUUACAGUGGGUCAGCGGAGGAGCAAGAGGAGGGAACACUUCCGGUGCCAUCCUUCUGCGGGCUGAACCCCACCAGAAGAUGAGCCUUUCAAGGAUUCAUUGGACCUUCAUUUACAAUGGCACUAUAUGGUACUAUUUGAUACUGAAUCUGAUGCUAUAAAAGUGUGUGGUACUUAUGAUAGAGUAGGAUAUUAUGUGAUUCUUUAUGUAUCUGAUACAGUGACGUGUAUGGUACUUUAUGAUACUGUAUCUGAAUUGUGGCUUUAGCCAUAUAUUUACCAGCAAGGGGAGGGGGAAUGGUUAAUAUAAAACUGUGCAGCUCUGCUUAUUUUUUCCUUUCUGAGGAAGCUUGUCAAAGAAGUGGAAUAAUACAGCAGUAAUUAAGCCACCUUACCCUGUUACCUAUCCCUGUUUUUGCUCCCCUUAUACCGUGAACCUAUACCUUAUUUGUUUUCCUGCUCUCUGUGAGAAGUAACUCUUACUUCCUGGCAGCUCCUCACCCCUGGUCCCUGUCCCUGCUUGACUCUCACCACAAUUCUUAAGCCCUCCCUGGUGCCUGCUGCUCGACUCCAUCUCCCUUUGUCCUCUCGUCUGCUCCCAAUCAUGUUUUGCAUCUCCCAUUGCUUGUGCUCCCUCAGCAUACCCCCCCCCCCCGUCUCAUUUGUUUCUCCCUCCCUGCUCAGGCCUGUCCUGGGCAGUGACAUAAAGGCAAUAUGGUGGAUGAGACUGUCCCGGACUGUACAUAGAAACAAAGUCCACUGUUGCCUGCCUUGUACAAUGGGAAACCAGCUCAUAGACAUGUACUGGCAUACAGUAUAUCAAAUAGAAUUGUUGUACCAUAGACAAUGAAAGUUGUGUAUUGUUUUAUAACCAAAAACAGACGUGGGUGCGACUCAAGACAAGUUUGUUUUCAGACAGAAGGAACCGCAUGUAUUCAUUCAUACACUCGUACAUUGUUUUGUUUAUAUCCAGGGGGCAUUGCAUACAGGAGGAAUAUCAGGUGUGUUUUCGGUAAACCUUCAAAUUGGUUUAAUGCACUAUGAAAAAAACCAUACACUUGCAUCAAUCAAAUGCAGCACUUACAUGCUUGUUCCAGCCUUAUGUUUUGGCCUUCAAUGGUGUGGACGUCCAUUCCAGAGAGCAUGCAUUAUUUUAAUCAAUUUGUAUAUGCAGGCUGCGCAGCCAAAAGCGUCAAACCCAAGCCCCGGUCUGAAACGUGAUUGGACAGUUCAGCAGAAGUGGGCUCUCAGUCAGUGUUUUGAAACGUUAAUCCCAGUCUUUCUACUUAACAUGAUUUUCAAUCCAUAUCCCUGGAAAUAUUUUUGGAAAGUAAAAUCUAGUGUUUAGGUUUAGAAACCAAAGUCUCAGUAUUCAGUGUAAGGAUGUUUUAUUUGAAAAUAAUCAGAGUUUAACAAACUCUCCACCAUGUUGGCACCAAUGUAAAGCAUUCCUUCGUGCACUCUAGAAUGUAGCCAUCUUGGAUUUUUGUGUCAAUAUGUUGAACAUUUGUUAAACUCUAUCGACAGUUUAUGUGGCUUUGGGUAGUGGUUGGUAUUUUUCUCAAAAAAGUAUUUCAGAAUAUAAAGCAAUGGAUCAGUGUUUCUGUCAAAGUUUGGUUUCAGGAGCUUCUGCUUUCUUUCGGUGGGUUGGGACUCUCUGUUGCAGCAGUUCAACUUGUGCCUUAUGUUUCUUUCUCUCACCAAUUUACAUGACCCAAGUAAUAUCAAUGGGCAAAAGACUGCCCCAAGAAAUUGAACCAUAUAGAUAUAGAUAGAUAUAUAUAUAUACUCAUGAUUGUGCAUAUGACACACGUGUCUUAGUCCUCAGAACCCUGACACUGCCCGUGUCCCUUCACAGCUUCCAUUGUCAGCAUCCUCUGUCACCGGACACCAAGUUGCAGCUGCCUUCUAGUUUUGUCGUCAUCGUAACAGAAGUAGAAGGGCUGGACUUGUGAAGAUAUUAUGAUAUCACUCUUUUAAAAUAAAUCAUGUACUGACCUACAUGCAUUGUUGGAAGCAGAAUGGUCCACUGCAUCAGAUUUGUUGUCAUCCAGUGAUAUUGAUUCUACACAGUGUCCCAGAUAAUUAAAGAUCUUGUACUCUGCCCAACAUCCAACCAGUUUAAUAUGACAUAUAACUGUUAUAUACUUGGCAGAGGAGGAACAGAGGAGGUUGGCAUGGACACCACGUUCUCGUACAUUGUUGUUUGCUAUGCAUCAGGCCGUGCCUGGCAAUGACCUUAAGAGGAAUUUCUGUUCUGAGUCCACCCUUAGGCAAAGAGAAAUAAGUGGUCUUAUUUACUGAAUAAAAUGAAUUCAUGUAACAAGAGUUGUGAAUAAUACCAGUAAUAAUUUGUAAUAAGUUGUGCAGAAAGUGACUAUCAUUUCAUGGAAACUAUAGUUACUGCAGCUCUAUGCAGUACAGCCUUAACCAGAUGUAAAACUACAGUAUUGAAGUGUUUGUUGUAAAUAGUGUUAGAGCGUCCAUCCUGCAUGGAUAUCGGUUUUGGCUCGGCUAUGCUGGGACCGUCUCCUAAAACCACAUUAGACCUCCUCUCUCUAUACAGACUGCCCCAAAAAAACAUGUUGAAAUGAUGACCCCCAAAUUAUUUUUUCUAUUCGACAAAUUCUGCUUUACAUUGACAUUCUUCAAAAUGCCUUCUCACACCUUUGAACAAUGUUUGGAGGAUACAAACCCCACUGUAGUGCAUUCGACCAAAAUAGGAAUCCCCACUGAUUUGCAGCUACUUUGCCUGCAGCCAGUUGGGGUAGUGCAGUUACAUGAAGAGUAAGCAAGAGGCUGUGUGUGUGUGUGUGUGUGUGUGUGUGUGUGUGUGUGUGUGUGUGUGUGUGUGUGUGUGUGUGUGUGUGUGUGUGUGUGUGUGUGUGUGUGUGUGUGUGUGUGUGUGUGUGUGUGUGUGUGUGUGUGUGUGUGUGUGAGUGUGAGUGAGUGCGUUUGGUUGGCGGGUGAGUUCUCAGAGGAAACAGCCAAAAAUACACUCGUCCUAACAUUAGUGUGCUUAACCUUGCUCGGCUAGAUGACUUUCAGUGGGUUGGCAGUCUGUUGUGGUGGAGAUGAGGUCUAGCUCUGUGGUCCAUGAGGUGAAGAGACUAAACGCUUGGCAGCUUACUCCUCCAUGCUGUGGUCAGUCAGUGGUCUCUGAUGUAACAGUUAAAGACCCCAAGGUGUUGUCUGUCCUGUCCGUCUCUCCUUACCAGCCAAUGCUCCGGUGCCUUCUAACACUGACAAGUAUUGUCCCAAUCCAGAGCUUUCACUUCACACAGAGACUGCAGAGGGAAUGUGUCUGUGAGUAGGGUUCAAGGUCACUGUUGUUGUCCAAUCCAAUCUGGACCGGCGGCCACAGGCGGCCCCUCAACACUGAUGCAAGGAUCUUUUCUGUUGUCUGUGGUGUGAGCGUCGAGCGCAGCGCAGCAGUGUUUGACCUUACACCAGACCCGGUCCCUACAGCAACCAGGAUGAGAUAUAAUGUUACCUAAAUUUUGAUCAUCCCCCCUCCUCCCCCCCAUUCCCUGUGUAGCAUGCUGUGAUGAGUGUCCUACAAACGGGGUGAGGGGUCACGUGAGACGGAGCCUCAUAAAUGUACAUGUCAUCAUCCUCACAGCAUAUGUUACAGUUCUAAGCUAUAAUGUUGUUCAAAGCUGAAAGUGCAGACGAAGCAUUGAGAAAAACCAAUAAACGUACUUCUUCAGAGCACAAGGUGAGCUCUUCUAACAGUGGGCAUAUUUUAGUUUGUAUACAUAGUGUAUUUGAACCUUUUCUAGAGUGGGUUUCCUUUAUCUGCAUGCUCAACUUGAUUGUAUGCAUAAAUAUUUUAGACAAGCCGAAAAGUUGAAUUUCAAUUGAAUUUGGAGCAAGACUUGUACAUUGUUUGAUAUGUUUCUUUUUGUAAUGAAUUUUUUAAUUCAUGAAGCAUUUUUGUACAUUGUAUGAAUAUUAAAAACUGCAAAUAUUUGACAUAUAGAGUAAAUACUAGAUGCGCAUGCAUAUGCAUAUAUCCUUCACAGUAUGUAUGUGUAAAUGUACACAUAUAUUUUGUAUUUGCAUUUGCUGGCAUACAGAUAUAUGUCUUAAGCACAUAUAUACAUGCAAUAUAUAUGUAUAUCCAUGUCCGCUGGCAUGCUUUUGGUCAUGUUUAUCUUCCAUGAUCUUGUAGGUUCAUUUUUUUGUUUCUUUGUUUUUUUUUUAUUUCUCUUUCCUGCAGAAAGAAAAGCUCAUUCUUUUGCUACCCUUCUGUUGGCUGGCAGCAUUGAGCACUUAUUAAGAAGAACUACAGUUGAAGUUGUUCAUGUUAUCCAUUGUGUGAAAUAAUAAAUGACUUUAUUGACAGCU